UCAAUAUAUAUAUAUAUAGUAAUUCCACUACAAAAUAACGGAGCGAACCGCACAAAUCUCGACACAUCGAAGGCAACUCAACUGGACGAGCUGUCGCAGAAUGUCCUGCAACAUUGUGCGGCAGCCACAAAGUCUAAAACAGAAACGGAAACAGAAACGAAAGCUUCGCGAGCUGGUGCUGCUGGUGGCGCUGCUGCUGCUGGUGCCGGUGCCCAGCCAGAGAGCUGGACCAGCUCCAGUCUACGCCUGGUUCUACGAUGUGGAGAGUGCACCGCAUGCGAGCGUGGCCAGCAUCAGCAGCAUAUCGGAUGUGCACAGCUUUAAGGUGCCCGAGACGCGCAACUCGUACAAGUCGCAGCGAACACAGCUGGUGCAGCAGUUCCCGAGCAGCGUCAAUCCUCAUUGGGGUCAGCAGCAUGCCGGGCCGGUGCAGCGGCGCCAGCUGGUAUUCGUGGCUCUGCUGCCGUCGGUGGAGUCCGAUAACAAGAACGACUGCAUCAUGCCGAAGGUGCUGCCCGUGCUGGAGCUGGCCAUUGGGCAUGUGCAACGCAUGGGCUUUGUCGGGGGCGUACAGAUUGACAUUACAUUGAUCUCGCGCGACACAUUCUGCUCCUCCACCUACGGGCCGCUGGGAUUCUUUGAGAUCUACACGCAAUGGCCGGAGAUGAAUGCCAUCUUCGGUUUGCCCUGCGAGUACGUGCUGGCGCCCAUCUCCCGUUACGCGGAUGUCUGGCAGAUUCCGUUGCUCACGACCGGCGGCAAUGCCGGCGAGUUCAGCAAGAAGACGGAGAGCUACUCGACACUGACCCGGCUAAAGGGCGCCCAGGUCAACAAUCUGGGCAACAUGGUCCGCGCCCUAAUUAACACCUACAAUUGGACACGCACCGCGCUGAUCUAUCAGAACGAGAACGCCAAAAUCAAGGGCAACUCGGUCUGCUUCCUCUGCCUGGCGGCCAUCCAUGCCACCAUCGAGAAGGAGUCAGUUUACCAGCUCGGCUUCGACACCGCGCACUGGACCAAGGCAUAUAUCAUACGUCUGCUCCGCAAUGUCGCCAUGCGUACAAGAAUUGUCAUUAUGUGCGCCGAUCCGCAGUCCAUACGUCAAAUUAUGCUGACAGCCGAGGAGUUGAAUAUGAUCGAUAGCGGCGAAUAUGUAUUCAUCAAUAUUGAAUUAUUUUCGCGUGUGCCGUAUAUGACGUCGCUGCCCUGGUACGAUAAGAACGAUACCGACUUCAACAACGAGCGCGCCAAGAAGGCCUACACAGCCAUGUUGACCGUCACGCCGAAGCAGCCCAAUGACGACGCCUACACCAAAGUCUCCAACGAGAUCAAGGACAUCGCCUCGGCCAAAUACAAUUACACCUUCAGUGAGAACGAGCCGAUUUCGGCGUUUGUGACCUCGUUCUUUGACGGCGUCCUGCUCUAUGCCAAUGCGCUCAACGAGAGCAUCCGCGAGGAUCCGAGCAUGCUGACCAGACCCAUCAACGGCACCGACAUGGUGCGACGCAUGUGGAAUCGCAGCUUUACGGGCAUCACCGGCAACGUGACCAUCGACUCGAAUGGCGAUCGCAUUUCGGCGUACUCGCUGCUGGACAUGAAUCCCAACACUGGCAGAUUCGAGAUUGUGGCACACUUUCUGCACAAUCGUCUGGAGUUUGAGUCGGAAAAGGAAAUCCAUUGGGCCGGCGGUCGGGAUCAAGCGCCGCCCGAUCGUCCCAUCUGCGGUUACGAUGGUUCACUAUGCCCAGACAACUCUUUACCUGGGUACGCCAUUCUGUCUAUAGUCCUUGGCAUAAUGGUAGUCAUAAUGGCCGUUUGCUUCUUCUUCGGCUAUCGCCACUAUAAGGCCGAGGCUGAGAUUAAUUCGAUGAGCUGGAAGGUCUCGCUGGACGAUGUCAUGUUCCGAGAUGCCGCAGAUCAUGUGAUGCGUGGCUCCUUUCACUCGCUGGUCAAGCAGAGCUCGCAGCUCACACUUAUGUCCGAGGACAUGGGCUCCAUAAAUGGCGAUCGCCAGAUCUUCAUACCCGUGGGCAUGUACCGGAAGAGCAAGGUGGCCAUCAAGCCAAUCGAGCUGGAUAAUGUUCAGGGCAUUCUGUCGCGCAGUCUGAUGCUGGAGCUGAAGCGCAUGAAAGACCUGCAGCACGAUCACUUGGUCAAGUUCUAUGGCGCCUGUCUGGAUCAGCGGCGCAGCUUUCUGCUCACCGAAUACUGCCCGAAGGGCUCCCUGCAGGACAUACUGGAGAACGAGCAGUUCCAGCUGGACUGGAUGUUUAAGCUGUCCCUGAUGCACGACAUUGUGCGUGGCAUGCAGUUCAUACACAGCUCCGACAUUCGCUCCCACGGCAAUCUCAAGUCCUCCAACUGUGUGGUCGACUCCCGGUUCGUCCUCAAGAUCACUGACUUCGGACUGCACAGCCUGCGCCGCACCUCCUACGACAUCGAGAGCGACAUUGAGAACUGCAACAGUCAUGCCUACUGGAAGAAACGCCUAUGGACCGCGCCAGAACUGUUGCGACUCGAAAAUCAACGCCCACCCGAAGGCACUCAGAAGGGCGACGUCUAUUCGUUUGGCAUCAUUGUGCACGAGAUAACCACGCGCCAAGGCCCUUUCUAUUUGGGCAAGUGUUCGCAGGAGAAGACGCCACAGGAGAUUAUUGAACUGGUGAAAAACUACCAACCGCAGCAGAACAAACCAUUUCGCCCCGAACUGGAAUCAUGCACCGAUGAUACCAAGGCAGAUGUUGUUGGCAUCAUCAGACGCUGCUGGGCAGAGGAUCCUCUGGAACGACCCGAUUUCAAUACGCUCAAGUCCAUGAUCAGAAAGUUCAACAAGGACAACGAAACUGGAAAUAUAGUUGAUAAUCUGCUAAAGCGCAUGGAAAUGUAUGCGAAUAAUCUGGAGGAGCUAGUCGAGGAGCGCACCCAGGACUAUCUGGAGGAGAAGAAAAAGUGUGAGAAGCUGCUCUAUCAGCUGCUGCCGCAGAGCGUUGCAGCCCAAUUGAUCAGCGGACAGCCGGUGGUCGCUGAAACCUUUGACCAGGUGACCAUCUACUUCAGCGACAUUGUCGGCUUCACGGCCAUUUCGGCGGAGAGUACGCCCAUGCAGGUCGUGCAGUUCCUGAACGAUCUGUACACCUGCUUCGACUCGAUUGUGGAGAACUUUGACGUCUACAAGGUGGAGACCAUUGGCGAUGCCUACAUGGUGGUAUCGGGUCUGCCCAUACGCAAUGGCAAUUACCAUGCCCGGGAAAUUGCACGCUUGGCUCUAGCCCUGCUCGAGGCGGUGCAUAACUUCCGGAUACACCACCGGCCCGACGAUCGCUUGAAGCUGCGCAUUGGACUGCAUACGGGGCCGUGUGUUGCCGGCGUUGUGGGCCAGAAGAUGCCGCGCUAUUGUCUCUUCGGAGACACCGUGAACACAGCCUCGCGUAUGGAGUCCAAUGGCGAGGCACUGAAAAUCCACAUCAGUGAAACGACCAAACUCGCACUAGAUGAGUUCGGCAGCUUCGUGACGACGCGCCGUGGCCUGGUGCCGAUGAAAGGCAAGGGGGAAAUGUUGACGUACUGGCUGGAGGGCGAAGUGCCCAAGCCAGAUGAGGUGAUGUCGCCCGGCAAGCUGCUGCUGACGAGGCGUUCGUCCCUCAAGCAGCCCCAACGGCAGCCGCAUUCCAUCUACAAACAAUACUCAGAGCUGGGCGUUAUGGCCUCGCUGGCACCGGCAGUGCCGGCCAUAGCCUUGCCUGCAACCGAAAAAAAUAUCUCACCCAAUCUUCGGGUCAAGCGCAAGAUCAGCUCCAGCUCACCGAAGCUAAACGGCAGCUGCUUCGAGCAGCAUUCCGUGAAUCAAAAGACUGAGCCCAACAACUGUUAUUUGGAUGCUGGACAACAGACGCUGUGUGAUAUAUAUAGUAGUCGCUCGCUACGCAGCGAGGAGGCUGGUGCGGGCGCAGGAGCGGGCGUUGAUGCGAUUGCCAGCGAUAGCUGGGAGCUGGCCAAUUUCCGACUGCCACUCAGCGGCACGCUCAAGCAGCAUCACAGUCAACAACAACAACAACAACAGGGCAACCACCAUGCAACACACUCCAAUUCCAAUUCCAAUCUGAGCGGCAUUCUCCAGCCAGCGCCGCAGGCAAGAGGCCGCCUGAGGCCAUCCCCCACGAUCUCAACGUUGGUGAAGAACCAUCGCAGCGACAGCUCCGCCGCCGACGCUGGCAGCACGAGCAGCGGGCAACGGAUCAAGUUUGCCAACUGCGAUGAGACGCCACUGCUCAGCGGCAAGACGCCAGCAGCACUGCCAGCGUCCGCAGCUCUCAAUCUGGAGCGCAGCAGCAGCAGCUGCAGCAAUCAGAACAUUCCAAAUCUGAGCAGCGACCAUCCAUAUGGGUAUCUAGUCAAGAACUAUAAACAGCUUCUGUGCAAGCCCACAGCCCACUCGAAUAACCAAGGCCAUGGACAUGGACAUGAUUUGUCCUUUGCCGAAGAGUGUCCUCGGGCUCCAUUGGCUGCCCGUGGCACCACGAGCAGCGCCGUGACCCAACCACUCUUGGCCAAAAUCAACUCGUAGCCGUAAGCACUGAGAGACA